AUGGUCGCCGGACAGAACCCGGCCAAGGGCGAGCAACAACAGCCCGGAAUGGACCCCGAAGCCUACAAGCAGCCGCCCUUCAACAUCCCACAGGCGCCCAACCACCGCGCCCAGGCCGAGCAUGACAAGGAACAAGGCCACCUGGAUGUCCCACGCGAGGAGAACGACAUGGGCGCGCAGCAGGAGGGCCAAGAGGACUCCUCGGAUCCGUACACCAAGACACACCGCCGCCGGCACAGCUCGCUCGCAGGGCUCACCAGGAAGGACCGCCCGGAACCCCCCGGCGGGAUGAAGGAGCUGACCGAGGACGACUGCUACGACAGGCUCGCGUACGGCUGGCCGCGCCGCAAGAAGUGGGCCUUCCUGGGCGUCAUCGCCGCCAUCCAGGUGUCGAUGAACUUCAACACGUCCGUCUUCCCCAGCGCGGUGGCGCCGCUGUCGGAGCACUUUGGCAUCAGCGAGCAGGCGGCGCGCGUGGGGCAGUGCGUGUACCUGGUCCUGUACAGCUUCGGCUGCGAGCUUUGGGCCCCCUGGAGCGAGGAGUUUGGGCGUUGGCCGGUCCUGCAGCUGAGCAUGUUCCUGAUCAACAUCUGGCAGCUGCCGUGUGCCUUUGCGCCCAACUUUGGGACUAUUGUGGUCUGUCGGGCGCUGGGCGGACUUUCCACGGCAGGCGGCAGUGUUACGCUCGGCCUCAUCGCCGACCUGUACGAGCCAGACGACCAGCAGUGGCCCCUGGCCUUCAUCGUGCUCUCGUCCUGCAUAGGGACCUCUAUCGGCGGCGUCAUCGGCGGGCCCAUCCAAAAAUACCUCUCUUGGCACUGGUUCUUCUACAUCCAGCUCAUCUUCGGCGCCGCGGUCCAGCUGGUCCACUUCUUCACGCCCGAGUGCCGCAGCACCAUCCUCAUCGACAAGGAGGCCAAGCGGCGGCGCAAGGCGGCGCCGGGGCUCGAGAUCUACGGGCCUAACGAGCUCAAGGCGCCGCGCAUCUCGCUCAGGGAGGCCGUCAGGAUCUGGGCGCGGCCCUUCGAGAUGUUCGCGCGCGAACCCAUCGUGCUGUUCCUCUCGCUGCUGUCGGGCUUCUCCGACGCGCUCAUCUUCAUCUUCCUCGAGGGCUUCGCGGCCGUCUACAAGGCGUGGGACUUCUCGGCCCUCGAGGCCGCGUGGGCCGUCAUCCCCAUCAAUGUUGCCUACCUGGUCGCGUACGCUGCCUACCUGCCGUGGAUCCACCACUACACGCGCACGCGGCACAAGAAGGGCGAUGACUUUGCCGCCGAGCGCCGCAUGAAGAUCCUCCUGUUCCUGGCGCCCCUCGAGCCCGCCGGGCUGAUCGGGUUCGCGUGGACGUCGCUCGGCCCCGCGUACGGGGUGCACUGGGCCGCGCCCAUGGUCUUCAGCCUCCUGAUCGGGGUCGCCAACUACGCCAUCUACUUCUCCACCGUCGACUACAUGAUCGCGGCGUACGGGCCGUACUCGGCGUCGGCGUGCGGCGGCAACGCCUUCGCGAGGGACCUCCUGGCCGGCAUCUCGGCCAUGUUCGCGGUGCCCAUGUACGAGGGCAUCGGCAGCGAGUUCCCGACCGAGUGGGCCAGCACCAUCCUCGCCGUCCUGUCGUGCCUGGUUGUCGUCCCCGUCUACGUGUUCUACUGGAAGGGCCCUGUGAUCCGCCGCAAGAGCAAGUUUGCGCAGGCGCUGGCCGAGGACCGCGAGGCUCACGGCGGGAGGCGCGUCAGCCAGGCGGGCAACUUGCCAUAUGGCGAGGACCCGUUGGCGUGA